GGGGACAGAGGCAGAGGAGGCAUGCAGUCUGAAGAGGAAGCACGACUCGCUUAGUUAUCGCGUCAUUCUGGGUUCAGGCGUGAAGCAGGAAACAGCCUUUCCUCUCCCAUUGUCGCUGUAGGAACAAACAGGCGAUUUUUGUCUUUGCUCAAUGCACCUCUCGGCACAGAACACGCGGAACCCGGUCAGAAGGAAGAAUGCCUCCUUCGAUGGAGAUAGCCGUUCUGCUUCUGGGCGUCCUGGCUUUGGAGACGCGCAGGAGCGCCAGCGCUCUGCACAUCCAACAGGCGUUCGCGUCUCCAAAUCUGACCAAUAAUUUCGUGGUAGACCCGAUUUCCAGAAAGGUCUACCUGGCCGCCGUUAACACAGUUUACCAACUGAACAGGACCUUGAUAUUGGAGGCACAGAAGAGAACGGGACCGGUGGAGGACAACCUGUUGUGCCAUGCGCCACAGCUGCCCCAGGCUCCGUGUGAGCACCCCAAAUCCCUCACAGACAACUACAACAAGCUCCUAAAGCUGGACCGGGAGCAAGGGGUCGUGGUGGUGUGUGGAUCUGUGUAUCAGGGCUUCUGUGAGCUGAGAAAAAUGGAAAAUAUCUCAGAGAUAGCGGUGGAGUUUCCACCCCAGGGGGAGAAGACUGUCUUCCCCAGCAUGCUCAACAUCGCUGCCAAUCACCCGAACGCAUCGACUGUGGGGCUCAUCUUCAGGAGCCACGGGGGUAAUUCAAGGUUACUAGUUGGGGCGACAUAUACGGGGGCUGGAACCCAGUUUUUCCCCAAGAACCAUAGCAAGGAGGACCUGCGUUUUGAAAACACCCCGGAGAUCGCCAUCCGCUCCUUAAACAUCAAGGACUUAUCCAGACUUUUCACCUAUGAUAUCAGCCCCUCAGAUGAAAACGUGUUCAAGAUCAAACAAGAAGUUAAGACCAAAAACAAACUCAACUUUGUCCACGCCUUCAUCCAAAAGACUUAUUCAUACAUUGCCUUCAACAAUGACGCGAAAAUUGGGCACAAGGAGAGCCAGCCCAACAGCGUCCUCGCCAGGAUAUGUCUCGAUACCGACAACCCCCGACAACUUGCGGGGCUGGAGAGCAGGAAACUCACAGAGUCCUACAUCCAGAUGCCGCUUCAGUGUGGAUCUAACAGAAACAUCUACAACCGCCUGCUGUCUGUGUACUCCGCGGAGAUCAACGCAGAGGAUGCGAGCGGCCCGCAGCCCUACCUGUUCGGAGUGUUUUCCAAAGCGGACAGAAAGUCUGCCCUGUGCGCCUUCAGGUUUGGAGACGUCGAGGAGGAGAUCAGACAGAGCCGCAUGAACUGCUCCAGCUCCCCCAGCAGUGAUGUUCAUGUGCUGGACAGUGUCAACCAGGGUUCAGGGUCAGCCUGCAUUCAGAAGAAAAACUUGCAGUUGACACCCAAUCAGCUGGACUGUGGCGCAGCCCACCUGCAGCACCCUCUGGCUCUACGGAGACCCCUGAGGGCCCUUCCUCUGUUUGAAUACUCAGGCCUCAGUUCAGUCUCAGUGGACAAUGUGCAUAACCACACUGUGGUUUUUUUGGGAACAAGUAAAGGACGACUUCGCAAGUUGACCCUCUUGUCGAACAUGACCAUGGCCAGCCAGUCCACGCUGAGGCUGCCAUCCAGCGAGGCAGUCCAUCCCAUCAUGACCUUUGACCCCAAUGACAGGAACUUUCUCUAUGUCAUGACCUCUCACCAUAUGCUGAGAAUCAGGGUGGCAGAAUGUGACCAGUGGAAGAGCUGCAGGAGCUGUUUGGGGGCAGGUGACGCCUACUGUGGCUGGUGCACUUUAGAAAACAGAUGUAGCAUCCAGAAGGAGUGCGCUCAGGGGCUGUUGGCACGUUCCUGGAUCAGCAUGGGUGAAGGCCCCCAGCAGUGUCCAUCCAUUACUCUGACUCCUCCAGAAAUCAGCAUCUCGGCAGACAUAAAGGAUGUUGGCAUAUUGAUUAACGGCACGGUUCCCGAUCUGAUCGGCUCCCGCGUGGAGUGUGAGUAUUGGCCAGGGGUUUCCACUGUAGCUACGCUCCACCUGGACCACGGUCCCGCUCAGAUCCAGACCUGCCCCCUGCCUCCUCGUGAAAACUACCACCCAAUCCUCCCUGGCACAGAUCACCGGAGCAUUUCUGUAGUGAUAAAAGUGAAUGGCACAUCCGUGGUGUCUGGGAGCUUCAUCGUCUACGACUGUGAGAGAACUGGAGCAAUACACUCCACAAAAUCAUGUGGGAGCUGCCUCACCACCCAGUGGAAGUGUUACUGGGACCUGGAGAAUCACCUCUGCGUCUCCAGUAAGGAUGAGUCAAAACACAACCUCUUGGAGAGUGCAGCUUCCUGUCCCAGACUGGAUCCUUCAAAGGUUCCUCCAUCACCGUCAGGAAUGGCCCAAGACUUCACCCUGUCCCUCAUCAACAUCCAGGAGAAGGAGAAGUUGGAGUGUGACUUUGGAACAGAGCGGCGAUACGAAGCCACAUGGCUGGACAACUCAACCGUCAAGUGCAGCGGGGUGACACUGUUCACUAAUCAGAGGAGUCAAGUUUUCUUCCUUAAUCUGAGGAGAAAAGGUGACUUCAGUGCUCAGACAGGGAACAAAUUCAUUGACAGCCCUCAUCUAAUCAAAGUGGAGGUGUACAACUGUGGAGUGGGAAGCUCGGACUGCUCCCAGUGUUGGGGCCGCGAGGCGCAGGGGCACCUCUGCGGCUGGUGUGAAAACAGCUGCAGGCCGAGGGAUGACUGCCAACCAAACGAGGACCAGUGUCCUGCUCCUGAGAUUCACAGGAUCUCGCCCCUGAGGGGUCCUGUUGAUGGAGGCACACUGCUGACGGUACAGGGCAGAAACCUUGGUCGUAAGGCAGAAGGAGUGAAGGUCUCUAUAGGGGAUGUGCCUUGUUAUCUGCUGCCUGAGCGCUACACCGUCUCUGUUGAGCUUGUGUGUCGCACUGGGAAGUCUGUGCAUGACAGGACGGAUGUUGUCCAAGUGGAAGUUGAUCAGAGUGGGAAUGGCGUGUCAAAGGAGAGCUUCUCAUAUUUAAUCCCAAAGGUGGUGUCCCUCGAUCCUCAGAGAGGCUCCCGUUCCGGGGGAACCCGGGUGACCAUCAGAGGAGAACAUCUGGAUAUUGGCUCUCAAGUUAGAGUCACUGUCAACAACACACUGGAGUGCUCCAUCACAGAGAAAACUGAUCAAACGAUCGAGUGCAUUAUGCCCAAAGCUGAGCACGCACAUGCUGAGUUGCUGGAAGUGUGCGUGGAGUUUGAAGAGCAACCCUGUCAGGAGGAAUACCUCAGUCAGACUUACAGCUAUGAGAAGAACCCCUACAUAACCUCCAUCCACCCAGAAAGAAGCUUCCUUAGUGGUGGCAGGACCAUCACUGUUGCAGGCCAAGGCUUUGAUCUGGUACAGACUGUCUUCAUGCAAGUGCUGGAAAUUGGAAGGGUGGAAUGCUCAGUGCUGUCCAGCUUCACAAUCCUCUGCAAGUCCCCUCCAUCCAGCCAGCCCCAGGAGACAUCAGUGCAAUUCUUCCUGAAUGGAAUACUCUAUGUUAGGAACAACCCUUCUUCCUCUGAAGAUAAACUAGAGGAAGAGGAAGGAGACCCCCUCACCAGCCACUUCAUGUUGGAAUAUGUGGAAGACCCUCAGUUCUUUACCGCAAACAGAGAAAAGCUGAUAAAACACCAUUCAGGAGAGCCCCUGACGCUCAUCAUCAAUAAAGUACCCAGCAAUCUGGAGUUGCAGCCAGAGGAAUACUCUGUGAUGAUUGGCUCGUAUCCCUGUAACAUCAGCUUCCAUAAUGACCAGCUGUUCCACUGCACCAUCAACGGACUACCGAGCUCCAGCGAAAGGGAGCUGCCUGUCACUGUAAAAGUGGGGAACUUUGAUCACAUUAUUGCUAAAGUGCAGCUCGGCGGCAGCGAGCUGGCCAUUGUGGUAUCAAUUGUGGUGUGCUGCGUGCUGCUGCUGCUGUGCACUGUGGCUCUUGUGGUGUACUGCACAAAGAGCCGGAGGGCAGAGCGUUACUGGCAAAAAACGCUCCUCCAAAUGGAAGAGAUGGAGUCACAGAUCAGAGAGGAGAUCCGCAAAGGCUUUGCAGAGCUGCAGACUGACAUGACAGAUCUUACGAAGGAGCUGAAUCGCAGCCAGGGCAUCCCCUUUCUGGAGUACAAACAGUUUGUCACACGGACGUUCUUCCCCAAGAUGUGUUCAGAUUACGAAAAGAGUCUUGUCCAGCGCACCUUCGAGAAUGAUUCCCUGGGUCCCCGAGCACUGCCAGAGACCCACCCACUGCUUCAGGAUUGGCAGGCCACCAACACUACAAGACCUAAUGUGGAAGAGGGCAUCACUCUGUUCUCUACUCUACUCAAUAACAAGCACUUCCUCAUCACGUUUGUCCAUGCCUUGGAGCAGCAGAAGGACUUUGCUGUGAGAGACAGAUGCAGCCUUGCAUCCUUGCUCACCAUCGCCCUCCAUGGUAAACUUGAGUACUACACCAGCAUCAUGAAAGACUUGCUGGUGGAUCUGAUUGAUGCUUCAGCUUCCAAGAACCCGAAACUGAUGCUACGCCGCACUGAGUCUGUGGUGGAAAAAAUGCUUACAAACUGGAUGUCCAUUUGUAUGUACAGCUACCUCAAGGAAACAGUGGGAGAGCCUUUUUUCCUGCUGCUUUGUGCGAUCAAGCAGCAGAUCAACAAAGGCUCCAUAGACGCCAUCACUGGAAAGGCCCGCUACACUCUGAAUGAGGAGUGGCUACUCCGUGAGAACAUUGAGGCUAAACCACAGAACAUCAACGUGUCAUUCCAGGGCUGCGGCAUGGACUCCCUGUCAGUCAGGGUCAUGCAUACUGACACAAUCUGUCAGGUUAAGGAAAAAAUCAUUGAAGCCUUUUAUAAAAAUCUGCCUUUCUCCCAGUGGCCUCGAGCGGAGGAUGUGGACCUGGAGUGGUUUGACUCUGGCAGCAACAGUAAGAUACUGCAGGACCUGGACAACACCUCCGUGAUGGAGGAUGGUCGAAAGAAACUCAACACAGUCUUCCAUUAUCAGGUCCCAGAGGGAGCAUCGCUGGCCAUGAGCAUGAAAGACAAGAAAGACUACACCCUGGAGAGGGUCAAAGAUCUGGAUACAGAAAAGUAUGUGCAUUUGGUCCUACCUCAUGAUGAGCUCUUUGAAAGCAGUAAGGGGCACAGGCACAGCCAUCGCAAAAAAGUACUGCCAGAGAUCUACCUGACACGCCUGCUGUCCACAAAGGGAACUCUGCAGAAGUUCUUAGAUGACCUCUUCAAGGCCAUCCUCAGCAUUCCUCCGGACUGCCCCCCUCUGGCUGUCAAAUACUUUUUUGACUUCCUUGAGGAGCAAGCCGACAAACGGGGCAUCACAGACCCAGACACCCUGCACAUCUGGAAAACCAAUAGCUUACCUCUGCGUUUCUGGGUGAACAUCCUGAAGAACCCCCAGUUUGUGUUUGACAUUGAUAAGACAGAUCACAUGGAUGCCUGCCUAUCUGUCAUCGCUCAGGCUUUCAUCGACGCUUGCUCCAUUUCUGACCUGCAACUAGGCAAGGACUCUCCUACCAACAAGCUCCUGUAUGCCAAGGAAAUCCCUGAGUACAAGAAGAGAGUUCAGUGCUACUAUCGACAGAUCCAGGAAAUGCCUCCUCUAAGCGAGCAGGAGAUGAACGCUCACCUGGCAGAAGAAUCAAGAAAGUACAGAAAUGAGUUUAACACCAACCUGGCUUUGACAGAAAUCUACAAUUAUGCCAAGAGAUACAGAAACCAGGUGGCGAAUGCUCUGGAGGCCAACCCCACUGCACGUCGCACUCAGCUGCAUCACAAGUUCGAGCAGGUCAUCGCUCUCAUGGAGGACAACAUCUAUGAGUGCUGCAGCGAAGCUUGACCCCUGUCAAAGUCUUCUUCCUUUUUCCUCUUUCUGCCAGCUGCCUUCCUCCCAAAUGCGUAGUUUCUUGGGAAUGAAAGGAGAUAUUGUUCACGACCGCCUUUCCCACAGACUGUUAAUAAGGUGACCAGUGGAGGAGUGACGGACUACAACCUGCCUCUCUUGUGUCGUGUGACACAGAUAGAAUUCAACUCUGGCUGAGCUAUUCUAUAGAAGGACUGUGGAGGAGCUCAGAGCUUUUCUUGGAUGUCUUCACAGUAAACGGGACCUAUACAGUAAGCCCUGGUGGCAAUCUUAACGCACUGAGCCCUUUGCUUGAGGGAAUGAGCCAAUGAUGCACUGUACUGUAAUAUAAUGUCAAUAGCAAUAUUUAUAGAUGUGUUAUAAUGCUCUCAAGUGGCCUGUUGUUCAGGAUGAGUAGGACCUGGCAGACACCUUUCAUCUCCUAAAACCUGCAUUGUUCUCAGGUGUGGUCGAUGAAGAUGAGCGACUGACUCCCUCUGGUGCUUUGAACAUUACGUCCCAAUGUGCUUUGCAGGUUGAUGAAGAGUUGAGGAGGAGCAGGGAGAAUAAAAAAAAAGGACUUGAAAUUCUGAAAUGAGAUGUUUUUUGAUGUAGUUCAGUGGGAAGAGCUGCAUCAGUGUAGAAGUGUUAAUCAGUGUGCUUGUGAACAAAUGAAUUUAAAUGUUGGAAUCGAUUUAAAGAGGGAAAUUUUACAGUCAAGAAAAAAGUGAGCUCAAUAUAACCUGAGGAGAAACUAUAAUUGUGAUGCCAAAAACAUUUGUUUGUGAAAUAAAAUGACAGUAUUUAGGGUUUUAAA